AUGGCGAACAAAACAGAAUGCGCAGAGACCCGCACGGGGCCGGAGCCGGACCCGGCCAGUCACCGACGGGCGGACCCCGCCACCGGCAUGACGUUGCAGCUGCAGCGAUCCGCGGUCGUCUCCGGCAAGGAGCCGGAGCCGGAGCCGGAGAUGGGGCAGGGGCAGGAGGUGGUGGCGCACGUCUACGACGUCGCCUGCAGCGGCCCCGACGGCGCCGGGGGCGGCGGCGCCACCGUCCUCCAGAUCAACCGCAUCUUCAAGGACGGCAUCGGCCUCGGCGGCAUCUUCCACACCGCCAUCCAGGUCUAUGGAAACGAGGAAUGGUCAUUCGGCUACUGCGAGAACGGCAGCGGGGUUUUCAGCUGCCCCCCGGCCAAGAACCCCAUGUACACAUUCCGCGAGUCCAUUGUGCUGGGGAAGACGAGCUGCUCGCCACGCACCGUAAAUCAGAUAGCGCGAGAGCUCAGCCGGGAAUGGCCUGGAGCCUCAUACGAGCUCCUCUCGAGGAACUGCAACCACUUCUGCAACGAGUUUUGCGACAAGCUCGGCGUGCCAAAACUUCCAGGUUGGAUCAAUCGCUUUGCUAAUGCUGGAGACGCAGCUCUGGAGGCUGCUGAAACUACAGCAGAAAAGCUCAAACAGGCGAAAAAGGAGAUUUUUACUGCAUGCAAAGCUGCAUCCACAUAUUUGACUGGUUCGCCUUCGAGUACACCAUCAGAUGCGGAUGAUACAGCUGGCUCAACAAGCAAUACUCUUUUCGAGGGGACAUGGAUCAGAAGCAUUAUUGGCAUCAGUAUGAAGCCAUCGAAGAGCCUUAUGAACGAUGCAUCGUCAAGUUCAGAUGAUGAAACAUCUGAUGAUGCGAGCAAAUCAGAUCGUAAACAGCCUGGUAGUGAUCAAAACAAGGACGAAAAGGAUGCAAGACAAGAAGAUCAAAGCACGAAAAGUGAGAACGAACCACCCAAUCAUCAUUCAUGA